CCUGACGCCGCCCGAGCGGGUCUGUCUCUGUCUUUGCCGGCGUCGGCCACUACUGUCGAGAAUCAGCGGAAAUUCUUGUUAAGUAUUGUCGUCAAGCCCAGCCUGACUGCCAUCAUGAAAAAGGUCGAGUUUGCAGUGAUGAUAUUAAGCAUUGCUUCCCCGUCCUGGUGUCUGCCGCCGCGGAUUAACAGCACUGAGGAGGUGUUGCCAACUAGUUCGGAGAUCACUUUACGUUGCGAGGGAACGGCGCCUCUCUUUUGGUCUUACUCAGAACACGGCGUUCAGAGGAAAUGUUUGUCGUGUGAAACAAAUGCUGGAGUUUACAUCUUCUCAGAGGACCCGAUAACAGAAAACUACACGACAGCAUCACACAUAACGCUGAACAGUGACUAUGAUUAUCCAGGAUACUACAUUUGCCACUACAACAACUCGAACUACAAGAAAGAGGAAGAAUCUUCUGUCUACGUCUUUACUUUGGCUCAAACUGAAAUGAAAUUUGCAACCGGGACCGUAAUUAACCCAGUUCAUGUUGAAGAAGGAUAUGACCGUGACCUUGACUGCCGCCCCACUUCGCCCAAACACAACGUCCGAAUCUUCAAGAACGAUAGGGAGGUGACCGCAGAUCUCCCGUUUCACCCGAGGAAAGGAUUCAGCUUAAAAGGCAUUACCGUCCAUCACCAAGGAAACUACACCUGUAAAAUUGAUAACAAGCAUAAGAAUUUCACACUCACUGUCAAGCCGACUCAGAUGUUAAACAAGCCUUACAUCCGUGCGGCGUUGGCGACUCCCGCCGUGCUUGGCUCUCCUCUGGUGCUCUUGUGUAUGGUCACGGGCGUCCCCGGCGUCAGGCACCGAUGGACACUACCGCGAGAGGGCGCUAGCUCGUCGAGGGCGAAGGAAAUCCCAAACUGCGCUACGAAGCUGAAAGGGAACGUCAGUUGCCUCCGGCUGCCGAGGCUCUCACUCGACAACCUGGGCGAGUACGAGUGCGAGACGAGCGUGGCUGGAGGGAGGCGGUCCGCCAGCGCAUUCUAUCUGACUGCCAGCGAAAGUUUGGAUCACUACGCCAAUUUAAGUCUCCCGUCAACGCUGGAAAUGACUAAGCGCAAGGGCGAAAACGUGACGUGGAAUCUCGAAAUCCGUUCUUUUCCACCUUUUCCUAAUAUCACCUGUAGACACAACAACAAAAUUUGUAAGUUGGAUCCAAUGAACAUGGAUGGAGAGACAUCUCUUCGCCUCGUGAACAUAUCGGGGGAAGUCGACCAUGGCUCCUAUGACAUCGAGGUUAAGGCCGGAACAGCUGUGGACAUGAUCUCAAUGUCUCUGUUUGUUCUUGAGGAACCACGCUUCGUCGACACCCCCCCUCCAAGGCUAUCGGUUCCCCUCGGUUCACAAGCUACCUUCGGCUUCCUUGUUCGCGGAUAUCCCCUUCCCAAAGCCAGACUUAUCUACCGGAGAUGUCCAAGAGGAGACUGCUUGGAGGAAGAGAUUGAGGAUACACACAUCGUGAUACACGAGACCAGCAAUUGCCUUCAGGCCAAUGUCACGUACAGUGGCGAAGAAUCGAGGCUUUUUCGGUACGAGACUUGGAACGCCCAUGGCGCUGCGAACGUGUCUGUGGAAGUUGUUGUUUCAGACAUCACCGCACCCUUCGUGUUUGAGUACAACACGGGCGCAAGAAUAACCAAUGUGACUGACGCAGCUGUCCGUCUGGCGGAAAAUGAUUAUCUGAACAUCACUUGCGCAGGUUCCAAUUUCGAUUACGACAAUAUAACCCUACAGUUUUCUGGAAAAAAUGAAGUGGACUCGCUUGAAGAACCACCGAGAUCCAGGGACGCCUCAACACCACACUCUCUCAAGGCGGUGUUUGAAAGUCAAGGAGUGAGUCGCGCCUUGGAGGGAAAUUUUGAAUGUGUUCUGCACGGGAAGAGCGGAAACACAGUGGUCCGCAAACUAAUGCUUGUAGUUGUGGGGUCCAACUGGCAACCAAUUCUCCUCCUUUCACUUCCUCUGUUGUUGUUAAUCAUCGUGGCAAUCGUUCUUGGGCGCCGCGUCUGGAGGGACUGGCGCACCAAGAAGGAGCUCAGGGACAACGUGGCUUUCUUGUUCAGGAAAGGAAAGUUGAACGAACUGAACUCUGACUGCACGGCCGACGAGCAGGCGGAGCUGCUUCCCUACGACCGCAAGUGGGAAGUUUCGAGGAGGGACAUCCAUUUGGGAAGACAACUGGGGUCGGGUGCUUUUGGCCGUGUGGUUAAGGCUGUGGUGACGGGCGCUGCGGCCGAAAAUCAUAAGGACAAAGACGAGGCCGGGAUGGGUACGACUUCGUCCUCCUUGGUAGUCGCUGUGAAGAUGUGCAAGAGCCAACAAGAUGCCUCGCACGUCCGCGCCCUCACCAUGGAGCUCAAAAUCAUGGCCUACUUGGGCAAACAUCUCAAUCUUGUGAACUUAAUUGGUUCCAACACUUCACGUAUCGGCAGCGGAGAGCUGUGGAUCCUGGUCGAGUACUGUCGAUAUGGAAGUCUCUUGUCCUACCUGCAUCGACAUCGCAAUGUAUUCAUCAAUCAGAUCGACCCUGGGAACGGCUCAAUUGACCCCAAGAUUUGCGACAAGACUUUCAGCUUCCCUGUGUUCCUAAGGAGUGAUAGUACCUUCCAACAGAGUCUGACAGAUAGUAGUAAUUUCAAGACAGCACAAAGUUACAAUACCGCAGGCACUUACCUUGAGAGCGACGACGGUUCGGCGAACCGAGAAAUAUUUCUCCCAUCCAGCGACCCGCGCUUCUCUGACCCGUGCCUCGGCAUCGACUCCCACGGCCAACAAAUGGUGUACGACAAGAGCGGAAUUCCCGGGGAGAGUUCGCCCUUCACCACCUCCAGCUUAGUAUGCUGGGCAUGGCAGGUGGCACAGGGAAUGGACUACCUUGCCUCCAGAAGGGUCGUGCACCGAGACCUUGCCGCAAGGAACUUGCUGCUCGCAGACAACAAUGUUGUUAAGAUUGGCGACUUUGGAAUGUCAAGGGAUAUCUAUAAGACGGAGGCCUAUGUGAAGGAGAGUGAUGACCUGGUGCCCAUCAAGUGGAUGUCCCUGGAGGCCAUACGCGACCGUUUCUUCACUGUACAGAGCGACGUGUGGGCCUUUGGAGUAACUCUGUGGGAGCUUUUCAGCCUCGGAUCGGUACCCUACCCGGGCAUGCAAAUCGGGCCAGACUUCCUAAAAGACCUGGAAGCCGGGCUCAGGAUGGAGGAACCCAAAUAUGGGAAUGAUGACCUAUACAGCCUGAUGCUACAGUGCUGGCAAGAGGAUCCAACACGGCGUCCAACCUUCUCUGCACUUUCAGAGGCUUUGGAAUCCAUUCUGGAACCCGAGGUCAAGCAGAAUUAUGAGAAUAUGAAUCAGCAUUACCAAAGGCUAAAUAAAGAGAGGUUCAAGGAGGAGACCGAUUACCUGGAUAUGUUCAUUCGUCCGGAUUACCAAAACCUCGUCCAACUGAACGACAAGCCUCCGGCGCAGGUUCAAGAGAACAAAACAGAAUCCUUGUUGCUUCAGGAUCGAGAAAUUCAAUCUUCACCCAAUGCAGAAGAUAUUAGAGAUGAUUAUCUCUCGAUGAAGUCUUCCUAAUAAUUGAUUCUCAUUUCACCAAAGAUUAGGAGAGAUUUUAAUUAAAAUGUGUGAAUCUAUAUCAGCGGUCCUAAUAAUUGUUUGUGAGCCAUUUGAAUUCCUCAAAUUCAAUGCAACAGUUAUUAAAUCAAUGUACGAAUUUAGCGUUGGUAUAUCUAUCCAAUAAUAGAGAUUAUUAAAAACCUGAAGAAUUGAACCUGAAGUGACUUUUUCUCAUUCACUGAUCGAUAUAUUUUUAAUAUGUAUGGUAAAAGAAAUAAAUCAAAAUGGAAAAAAAAAC